CUCAGCUUUUCAUUGCCUAGCUUUCCUAACUUUCAAUUACUUCGCCACUCGUUUUCACAUUAUACGCUAUCAAAAUGCACUCAUUCACCACCGUCCUGAUCACCGCCUCGGCCCUCCUAGCGACAGUUUCCAGUUCUCCCCUCCAACUCCGCAGCACCUGCGGUGGCGCACCAACCGGCAAUGGCAGCCAACAACCCCUUUCCCAACCAAGCGGUAUCACCACCGCCAAAGCAUGCCAGGCUAAUUGCACAGCUAAUGCAUCUUGCCAAUCCUUCGUCUUCGGCAUGGUGAACAAUGCAGUCAAAUGCAUCCUCUACUCCGUCCCAGCGGCUUCAGCCCCUAAGCAAUCAAGCAGCAAUCUCAUCGCCUACGAUAAGUCAUGCGGCUCCGUCCCAGCAGUCGUUCCCACGGCAUCCAACCCAACAGGCGCUAAAACAGGUGGGAAACUCGCCAUUCGAGCAACCUGUGGCUCUGCACCAACUGGCCCUACCGGAAACGCCAAACCCCUUUCUCAACCAAGCGACAUCACCACCGCCAAAGCAUGCCAGGCCAAAUGCACCGCUAAUGCAUCUUGCCAGUCCGUCGUCUUCGGCAUGAAUAUCAGUGACGAGUAUAUUAUGAUUAGGUUUGAAUUCGGCACUCCAUCACCGAACGGCAGCCCCACCUGCCGUCUGUUCUCCGUCGCGGCCGCCUCCGUGCCUACAUCAACGAGCGGGCAGAGUUUUGUUGUCUAUGAUGUGGGAUGCUCUAUCUAG